UCAUAAUACUAUUAAAUGUAUUUUUCUUAGAUUUUAAAAUGCCAAAAUUAUCAAGGAAUCGAAGUUUGACGGACAAAGAAUGCCCGGAGAACAAGCCUUUAAACAUGAAGAGAAACCAAAGUUUUACAAAUUUUGACGUGACUUCUGCUAAAUCUGUAUUUCUGGAUAGACUGAACAUAUUUAAUCUAUUUCGAGAGAAGCAUACAGAUCUCAAGAACAGAGGAAUAAUAAAGUAUGUUGUGUUUGGAGGGAGAAUCAAUAAUUUGAACAGUGAUACCGUGGAUUUAGUUCCUACGGUGGUUACAAAAUGCUGUUCAUUGAUUGAGAAUUAUCCAGGUUGGAUUCAGACAGAGUUUAUUUAUAGACUCUCAGGGAAUAUUGCUAAUAUUCAAAGCCUGAGGUUUACAGUUGAGGAUGACAAAUUGACAGCUUUAGAAAAGGUAAAAAAUGUUCAUGAUUUGACCGGUCUGCUCAAACUUUUCCUGAGAGAACUAGAAACUCCUCUAAUACCUUGGACCAUCACACAAGAACUUGCUUCAAUAGAAACAAUGGAAUCUCAGGAUAAACAGAUUUCAAAACUACUCAAGAAACUUUCACCGGGUCACAGAGCUACCUUCGAAAGAUUGAUGCGACAUUUUAGUCUUGUACUCACUAACUCAGAGACUAAUCAUAUGACCUCAGGUUACACAGAUAACAAGCAUUUACUUAUGUGUUUGGCCAAGUACUGUGGUCAUCUAAAUGUGAAAAAAACAAUUCUGUAUUUUAUUGUAGAUUCUUUGGGAGUUAUUCUUGGACCUUGUUUUUCCUGGCCUGAGAUUAAUCCCAGGGAACAGAUAUUCAUAAAUUCAAGUAUUCAAACGAAUUCUGCAAAAAAUGUUAUUGAUUAUUAUUUUCAAAAAUUAAAAUAAAUAUAAAUUAAACAAUUUUUAA